UCCAGGCCGCCAUCGAAUUCCAGAGGCUGGAGAAGACGGUGCUGGGAGGGGUGCGAGGAAACUUCCUUGGGACCUGGGUGCUGAGGAUCUCUGAGGAGAUCUGUGAAGCCACCAAGGCUUUUGCUGACUGCAAAUACGAUCCCCUGGAUCCCGAUGAAGAGGUGAGGAGCAGGCGCUGGAGUGGAAAUGUAAUGGGUGCUGGAAUGGAGAUGUUAACAUUGCUUAGUGAAAAGAGAAAAAUCUGUUGUGAGAACGGGCUGCAGUCACACAAGGGACUGCCCCACAGCAGCACAGGGCUGGCUCUGGAGCAGUCAUGGGGCUCUGGACCCUCUGGGUUCAGCAAACCCUUCCUGAAGGAUCUGAGAAGGAGGCACAGGGGCUGUGCUGCUUUGAACCAUUUUGCUCUCAAUGGCAGGAGUGGAACACAGACUUUGCAGAGUUCCAGAAGAAGGUUGAGGAUGCGAACAAGCAGCUGGCUGCCAUCUUCUGCCAGGGCUUUGACGACUGCAACCGCCUGACAGCUGCUGUGAAGCUGGUGCACAUGUUUGCCACCGUGCUGGAGCGGCCCCUGAUCAAGGCUGAGGCUUCCCCCUGCUACCUGGCCCUGCUGGGGAUGUUCGAGGCGGAGCUGGAGAGCGUGAAGAUGCUGUACGACACGCGGUUCCUGACGCCGCCGCCGCCCGGGGGCGGCCCCGCCAUCCACAAGAACAUGCCGCCGGUGGCCGGGAAGCUGAAGUGGGCGCUGGAGCUGCAGCAGCGCCUGGAGGGGCCGCGCCAGGACCUGCUGGCCAUGAGGCACCCGGCCAUGGUGGGCGCCGAGGCUGAGCUGGUGUCCGGGAAGUACGAGGAGAUGAUGGGGCUGCUGCAGAGCUACAGCCGGCGGAUCUACGAGGAAUGGGCGAGCGGGCCCGGCAAGGACUGCCACUUCAGCCUGGAGCAGCCGCUGCUGCAGCGGGACCCCGAGUCCGGCUUCCUCAGCGUCAACUUCAGCAAAGAGCUCUCGGCCGUCCUGCGGGAGGUGAAGUACCUGCACAUCCAGCAGCAGCAGGACAUCCCCACCAACGCUGAGAACCUCUUUGCCCAAAACGAGACCUUCCAAAAGAUAGGGGACAACCUGGCGCUCAUCGUGGGCUGGUACAACGAGGUGAAGCAGCAGCUGAUGCCAGUGGAGCAGCCACUGCUGGCAAAGGAGCGGGAGGCCCUGGAUGUCCGUCUGUCCAGUGCUGAGAAGACUCUGUUCUGGAGCCAUGAAGGUGUCAUGGAAUACAUCCAGGAGAUGAGGGAGACCCUGCACGACCUGCACAGACGAGUCCAGACAGCGAAGCUGAACCUGCAGAGCAUCACCCAGCUGAUGGAGGACUGUUCAGCCACUCCCUUGUUUGGAAGAAAGGACAACAAGGAAACGGCGCUCCUGGACCUCGAAGGCAGAGAAAACGCCAUAUCUCAGCGCCGUGCCCUCAUCGAGAGCACAGGCGAGAAGAUCCAGGGCAUGGUGCAGGAGAACGCAGAGAUGUUUAAGGCCGAUGUAGCCUCACGGAUAUGGCACAACUAUAUGGCACACAUCGACAAAAUCGUGCUGGAUGGGCUCUGCAUGCUCGUCCACAGGUCCCUGCAGCUGCUGCUCACCAACAUGGAACCCGAGGUCCAGCAGCUCGCCUUCCGGGAGAGCUUCCAGGAAAAUGCUCCUUUCUCAUACACAGAACCAGAGCCCUACAAGUCACUGAACAAGCAACAUAAGAGCAUCACGGCCUUGGAGAAGGAAAUGGAAGCCCUGGCCUCCUCAGCUGCACUGUUUGAGGUGUCAUUCCCAGAGUACAAACAGCUCAAAAUGUGCCGCAAGGAGCUGCGCCUGCUGAAGGACCUCUGGGACAUGGUCACCCUGGUGAACCUGAGCAUCACCAGCUGGAACACAACCAAGUGGGCAGAGCUCAACGUUGAGGAUAUGGAUAUUGAGUGCAAGAAAUUUGCUAAAGACAUCCGGGGUUUGGAUAAGGACGUGAAGAGCUGGAACGCGUUCACGGGGCUGGACAGCAGCGUGAAGAACAUGAUGACGUCCCUGCGCGCCGUGAGCGAGCUGCAGAACCCGGCCAUCAGGGACCGGCACUGGCAGGAGCUCAUGCACACAGCCAAGGUGGAGUUCACCAUGUCCGACAACACCACCCUGGCGGAUCUGCUGCAGCUCAACCUGCACAAGUUUGAGGAGGAGGUUCGCGGCAUUGUGGACAAAGCGACAAAGGAGGCCGGGAUGGAGAAGGUGCUGAAUGCCCUGGACACUACUUGGGCAGCAAUGGCGUUUGAGUAUGAGCCCCACGGCAGGACCCAGCUCCCACUGCUCAAGAUGGAUGAGGCACUCAUUGAGACGCUGGAGGACAACCAAAUGCAGCUGCAGAACGUGCUGGCAUCCAAGUACCGAGCCUUCUUCCUUCAGAGGGCACAGGAGUGGCAGGAGAAGCUGUCAACCACUGACACUGUUAUCAACACCUGGUUUGAGGUACAGAGGAAGUGGAGUCACCUGGAAACAAUCUUCAUAGCAUCCGAAGACACACGAAGUCAACUGCCAGAGGAGUCCAAGAAAUUUGACACCAUUGACGAGGAUUUCCGAGCUCUAGUGGCUGAUGCAGUAAAAACUCCCAACGUGAUUGAGUGCACCAACAAGCCCGGGCUGCACACCAAGCUGGAAGCGCUGCAGGACAGGCUGGCAGUCUGUGAGAAGGCCUUGGCUGAAUACCUGGAGACCAAAAGAUUGGCCUUUCCCCGGUUCUAUUUUGUCUCCUCUGCAGACCUACUGGAUAUUUUAUCCAAGGGGACCGAGCCCCUUGAGGUGUCCCGGCACUUGACGAAGCUGUUUGACAGUUUGGCCAAGCUGAAGUUCCAGGAGGACGCAGACAAAAAGCCCCAGAAGGUGGCCCUCGGGAUGUUCAGCCGGGACGGGGAGUACAUGGACUUUGAUGCAGAGUGUGACCUGUCUGGCCAGGUCAGCUGGGCUUCAGGGAGCCUGGGGCAGGGGGUGGAGGUGUGGCUGAACCGGCUGCUGGAGCGCAUGCGCUCGACGCUGCGCAGCCUCAUGCCCCAGGCCCUGGGCACCUACGAGGACAAGCCACGGGAGGAGUGGGUGUUUGACUACCCAGCCCAGAUCGCUCUCACGGGCACCCAGAUCGCCUGGACUACAGAAGUUGGAGUUGCCUUUGCGAGUCUGGAGAAAGGUUAUGAGAAUGCCCUGAAGGAUUAUAAUAAAAAGCAGAUCGCUCGGCUGAAUGCCCUGAUUUCCCUGCUCCUUGGGAACCUGAGUGCUGGAGACAGAAUGAAGAUCAUGACAAUCUGUACUAUUGAUGUCCAUGCAAGGGAUGUUAUAAUCAAAAUGAUCCAAACAAAGCUGCUCCUCUCUAGACCCUGCGCCAUGGUGGUCCCCGAUUUUGAACUGAUCUGCGAAAUCAUGCUUGUGGCAGAGGGGUUUCUCGAUGCCAGGCUCCUGGCAAGGAAGUUCAUCACUCUCUACACGCUCUGCAAAGAGCUGCUGUCGAAACAGGACCACUAUGACUGGGGGCUGCGGGCCAUCAAGUCCGUGCUGGUGGUGGCAGGCUCCUUAAAGAGAGGGGACCCCGGCUCUGCAGAGGACCAGGUCCUGAUGAGAGCUUUACGAGACUUCAAUAUCCCCAAGAUCGUGACAGAUGACUUGCCUGUGUUCUUGGGGCUGAUUGGAGACCUGUUUCCAGCACUGGACGUUCCCAGGAAGAGGAACCUCGAAUUUGAGAAGGUGAUCCGUGAGGCCGUGGUGGAGCUGAAGCUGCAGGCAGAGGAGAACUUUGUGCUGAAGGUGGUGCAGCUGGAGGAGCUGCUCCAAGUGCGACACUCCGUCUUCAUCGUCGGCAACGCCGGCUCCGGCAAGUCCCAGGUGCUGAAGUCGCUCAACAAGACAUACAAAAUGCUGAAGAGGAGGCCGGUCACGAUGGACCUGGACCCCAAGGCUGUGACCUGUGAUGAGCUGUUUGGGAUCAUCCAUCCAGCCACACGGGAAUGGAAGGAUGGUCUGUUCUCCACAGCCAUGCGUGACCUGGCCAACAUCACCCAUGAUGGGCCCAAAUGGAUCAUCCUUGAUGGAGACAUUGAUCCCAUGUGGAUCGAGUCCUUGAACACAGUCAUGGAUGACAAUAAGGUCCUCACCUUGGCCAGCAACGAGCGCAUCCCCCUCACUCCCACCAUGAGGCUCAUUUUCGAGAUCAGCCACCUGCGCACGGCCACGCCGGCCACCGUGUCCCGGGCUGGGAUCCUCUACAUCAACCCCGCAGAUUCAGGAUGCAAUCCCAUUGUGGCCAGCUGGAUUGAGACAAGGACAGAGAAGUCUGAGAAGGCUGCUCUGACGAUCCUCUUUGACAAGUACCUGCCACCAUGCCUGGAGAAGCUCAAGUCUGAGUUCAAGACAAUCACCCCUGUUCCUGAUGUCACGGCCAUACAGACAGUUCUGUCUCUGCUGGAAUGUUUUCUGACACCCCAGAAUGUCCCACCAGACUCACCCCGGGAGCAAUACGAGCUCUUCUUCGUCUUUGCCUGCAUCUGGGCCUUUGGUGGGGCCUUGUUCCAGGACCAGCUGGUGGAUCACCGUCAGCAGUUCAGCAAGUGGUGGCUGACAGAAUUUAAAGCCAUCAAGUUUCCUAGUCAGGGGACAGUUUUUGACUAUUACAUUCAUCCAAACACAAAGACAUUCAAUCUCUGGGAUGAAAGAGUGCCAGCGUUCGAGCUCGACCCCGACGUCCCCUUACAGGCUGCUGUGGUGCACACCACAGAGACCAUUCGCCUCCGCUACUUCAUGGACCUGCUGAUGGAGAAGCAGCGGCCGGUGAUGCUGGUGGGGAACGCAGGGACGGGGAAGUCAGUCCUGAUGUGGGACAAGCUGGAAGCUCUCGGCACAGACGAAUACCUGGUGCAGUCUGUGCCCCUCAACUUCUACACAACCUCGGCCAUGCUGCAGGCCGUCCUUGAGAAACCCCUGGAGAAGAAAUCAGGGAGGGUUUUUGGCCCACCUGGCACCAAAAGGCUGAUCUACUUCAUCGACGACAUGAACAUGCCAGAGGUGGACAAGUACGGCACGGUGGCACCACACACGCUGAUGCGGCAGCACCUGGACCACGGGCACUGGUAUGACAGGAACAAGCUGACCCUGAAGGACAUUCGCAACUGCCAGUACGUGGCCUGCAUGAACCCGACCGCGGGCUCCUUCACCAUCGACCCACGGCUGCAGCGCCACUUCUGCGUGCUGGCCGUGUGCUUCCCCAGCCGCGAGGCUCUGAUCACCGUGUACGGCACCAUCCUGGAGCAGCACCUGGCCCGCCACAACAUGGCCAUGCCCGUGCAGAAGAUGCAGCCCAAGCUGGUGGCAGCAGCGCUGGCCCUGCACCAGAAGGUUGCCUCCAACUUCCUGCCAACAGCCAUCAAGUUCCACUACAUCUUCAACCUGCGGGACCUCUCCAAUAUAUUCCAGGGGCUGCUGUUCUCCACGCCUGACUGCCUGAAAACCCCCGUGGACUUGGUGCGUCUCUGGCUCCACGAAGCAGAGAGGGUGUAUGGAGACAAGCUUGUCGAUGAAGACGAUCAGUACAGCUUCAAGAAGGUGAUGGCUGACAUCAGCAAAGCCUCCUUUCAGGAGAUCAAUGAGGAGCUGAUGUUCGCCAAGCCCAACAUCUACUGCCACUUUGCCCAGGGCAUGGAUGAGUUCAAGUACAUGCCAGUGACAAGCUGGGCAUCCCUGAGUGCCCUGCUCGGGGAAGCCCUGGACAGCUACAAUGAGGUGAAUGCAGCGAUGAAUCUGGUGCUCUUUGAAGACGCAGUGUCUCACAUUUGCAGAAUUAGCCGGAUCUUGGAGUCCCCUCGGGGCAAUGCACUGCUGGUGGGGGUGGGAGGCAGUGGGAAGCAGAGCCUGGCUCGGCUGGCAGCUCACAUCAGCAACCUGAGCGUGUUCCAGAUCACGCUGCGGAAAGGCUACGGCAUCCCAGACCUGAAGCUGGACCUUGCCUCCCAGUACAUGAAAGCAGCUGUGAAGAACAUCCCCAGUGUGUUCCUGAUGACAGACUCCCAGGUGGCUGAAGAAUCAUUCCUGGUUGUGAUCAAUGAUUUCUUGGCGUCCGGGGAGGUGCCAGGCCUCUUUCAGGAUAAUGACAUGGAAACCAUCAUCGGGUCCAUGAGGCCUCAAGUGAAGUCGCUUGGAUUGGAGGAUACAAAGGAAAACUGCUGGAAAUUAUUUAUAGAUAAAGUCAGGCGCCAGUUAAAGGUCGUCCUCUGCUUCUCACCCGUGGGCUCCACCCUGCGUGUGCGGGCCAGGAGGUUCCCAGCUGUGGUCAACUGCACGGCCAUCGACUGGUUCCACGAGUGGCCCGAGGACGCGCUCGUGUCCGUCAGCAGCCGCUUCCUGGAGGAAACCCCGGACAUCGAGCCAGAGGUCAAGGCCUCCAUCAGCGAGUUCAUGUCCUUCGUCCACACAAGCUCAAAGGAGAUGUCCAAGAUCUACCUGACCGUGGAGAGACGCUAUAACUACACCACGCCAAAGACCUUCCUGGAGCAGAUAAAGCUCUACCAGAACCUGCUGGCAGAUAAAAGGAAUAACCUUUCCAGCAGCAUCGACAGGCUGGAGAAGGGGCUGAUGAAGCUGCGGAGCACAGCAUCACAGGUGGAUGACCUGAAAGCCAUGCUGGCAGUCCAGGAGGUGGAGCUGAAGCAGAAGAAUGAGGACACAGACAAACUGAUCCACGUGGUGGGCGUUGAGACGGAGAAGGUCAGCAAGGAGAAAGCCAUUGCUGAUGAGGAGGAGCUGAAGGUCGAGGCCAUCAACAAGAUGGUGGCUGAGAAGCAGCGAGCCUGCGCGAGCGACCUGGCAGAAGCAGAGGUGGUGCUCUCGGCCGCCCGCGAGGCGCUCGACACGCUCAACAAGUACAACCUGACAGAGCUGAAGUCCUUUGGGUCCCCACCGCCAGAGGUAGUGAACGUGAUGGCAGCUGUGCUGAUCCUGACAGCUGAAAACGGCAAGAUUCCGAAGGACAAGAGCUGGACAGCAGGAAAAGUCAAGAUAGGAAAAGCAGACACCUUCCUUGCAAGCUUAAAAAACUUUGAUGGGGAAAACAUCCCUGAGCCCUGUCUCAAGGCAUUUGAGCCCUACCGGAAUGACCCCAGCUUUAAUCCCGAGUUCAUCAAGUCCAAGUCCACGGCCGCAGCAGGGCUGUGCUCCUGGUGCCUCAACAUGGUGCGCUUCUACGAGGUGCACUGCAUAGUGAAGCCCAAGAGACAGGCAGUGGCCGAUGCUGAUGCUGAGCUGGCAGAGGCGCAGGCAAGGCUGAGUAAAAUCAAGAGCAAAAUUGUGGCCCUGAAUCAAAAUCUGGCGACUCUCACUGCUCAGUUUGAGAAAGCCACAGCAGAGAAGAUCAAAUGCCAGCAGGAGGCUGAUGAAACCAGCAAAGUCAUCAACUUGGCAAACAGGCUCGUUGGGGGCCUGGCGUCCGAGAACGUGCGCUGGGCUGAGUCCGUGGAGGAUCUCAAAGUGCAGGAGAAGACGCUGUGCGGGGACGUGCUGCUGGUCUCUGCCUUUGUGUCCUACAUCGGAUACUUCACCAAGAGGUACAGGGCUGAGCUGAUGGAGAAGCACUGGCUCCCCUUCCUCCAGGCGCAGAAGUGGAUCAAGAACAAAUUUGGGGAGGACCUGCAGAUCGUCCGCCUGGGCCAGAAGAGAUACCUGGACAUCAUUGCCCAGGCGGUCUCUGAAGGACAGACGCUGCUCAUCGAGGACAUCGGGGAGACCAUAGAGGCAGUGCUGGACCCGCUGCUGGGCAGGACCUUGAUGGGCAGAUACAUUAGGAUUGGAGAUAAAGAAGUAGAGUAUAACCAGCAGUUCCGCCUAAUCCUGCAUACCCGAAGUUUCAACCCGCACUACAAGCCAGAGGUGCAGGCUCAGUGCACUCUCAUCAACUUCUUGGUGACGCGGGAGGGCCUGGAGGACCAGCUGCUGGCUGCUGUGGUGGCCCGGGAGCGGCCAGACCUGGAGGCCCUGAAGGCAAGCCUGACCAAGAGCCAGAACGAGUUCAAGAUCAAGCUGAAGGAGCUGGAGGACUCCCUGCUCGCCCGGCUGUCGGCUGCCGGGGGAGAUUUCCUGCGGGAUACAGCACUGGUGGAGAACCUGGAGAUAACGAAGCGCACAGCCAAGGAAAUUGAGGAAAAGGUAAAAGAAGCCAAAGUCACUGAAGUACAAAUAAACGUUGCGAGAGAGAACUACCGGCCGGCAGCAGAGCGUGCAUCCCUGCUGUACUUCAUCCUGAGUGACCUCUGCAAGAUCAACCCCAUCUACCAGUUCUCUCUCAAGGCCUUCAACGGGGUCUUUGAGAAAGCCAUCGAGCGAGCAGUCCCCAGCGACGACACCCGGGAAAGGGUGAUCAACCUGACCGACCAGAUCACCUUCUCUGUCUAUGUGUACACUGCUCAGGGCCUCUUUGAGAGAGACAAACUCAUCUUCCUGGCCCAGGUUACCUUCCAGGUCCUGGCCCUCAAGAAAGAAGUGAACCCAGCAGAGCUGGACUUUCUCCUGCGCUUCCCUUCCAAGACUGGAGUCACGUCCCCUGUGGACUUCCUGCCCAACCAGAACUGGGGUGCUGUCAAGGCGCUUUCAGAAAUGGACGAGUUCACCAGCCUGGAGAACGACAUCGAGAGCUCAGCAAAGCGAUGGAAAAGGUUUGUGGAGAUGGAGGCGCCAGAGAACGAGGUGCUCCCCAUGGACUGGAAGAACAAGACAGCCCUGCAGAAGCUGUGUGUGCUGCGCUGCCUGCGCCCCGACAGGAUGACCUAUGCCAUCAGGAACUUUGUGGAAGAGAAAAUGGGAAGCAAGUAUGUGAAAGGAAGGAGCAUUGAUUUCUCUGAGGUGUACAAGGAGAGCAGCCCCUCCUCGCCCAUGUUCUUCAUCCUCUCCCCUGGUGUUGACCCACUGAAGGACGUGGAGGCUCUGGGCACGAGGCUGGGCUUCACCAUUGACAACGGGAAGAUCCACAACGUGUCCCUGGGGCAGGGCCAGGAGGUGGUGGCAGAGCACGCCAUGGAGGUGGCGGCUGCCAAGGGCCACUGGGUCAUCCUGCAGAACAUCCACCUGGUGGCACGGUGGCUGAGCACGCUGGAGAAGCUGGUGGAGCACCACAGCCUAGAGAGCCACCCCGAGUACCGACUGUACAUGAGCGCCGAGCCAGCCCCCAGCCCCGAGACACACAUCAUCCCGCAGGGGCUGCUGGACAACUCCAUCAAGAUCACCAACGAGCCGCCCACAGGCAUGCGUGCCAACCUGCACGGAGCCCUGGACCUCUUCAAUCAGGAAAUUCUGGAGCAGUGCAGCAAAGAGUCGGAGUUCAGGUGCAUCCUGUUCGCCCUCUGCUACUUCCACGCCGCGGUGGCCGAGCGGCGCAGGUUCGGGACCCAGGGCUGGAACAGGUCCUACCCCUUCAACAACGGCGACCUGACCGUCUCUGUCAACGUCCUGCAGAACUACCUGGAGGCCAACGCCAAGGUCCCGUGGGAUGACCUCCGGUACCUGUUUGGGGAGAUCAUGUACGGGGGGCACAUCACGGACGACUGGGACCGCCGGCUGUGCCGCACGUACCUGAGCGAGUACGUGCAGCCCGAGAUGCUGGACGGGGAGGUGUCCUUGGCUCCAGGGUUCAUGAUCCCUCCCCGCAUGGAUUACGAGGCCUACCACCAGUACAUCGAUGACAACCUGCCAGGAGAGAGCCCCCACCUGUACGGGCUGCACCCCAAUGCAGAGAUGGGAUUCCUGACCGUCACCUCGGACAGGCUCUUCCGCACGGUGCUGGAGCUGCAGCCCAAGGAAUCCGAGGCUGCCGGAGGCUCGGGUGUCUCCCGAGAGGAACAGGUGAAGGCAGUCCUGGAUGAAAUCGUCCAGCAGCUGCCAGACCCGUUCAACAUGGAGGAGAUGAUGGGAAAGGCAAAGGAAAAAACCCCAUACACGGUUGUAGCCCUCCAGGAGUGUGAGAGGAUGAACAUCCUGACCAACGAGAUGAGGCGCUCGCUGAAGGAGCUGGACCUGGGACUGCAGGGAGAGCUGACGAUUACAUCCGAGAUGGAAGAGCUGUCAAAUGCUCUCUUCUAUGACAACGUUCCAGAAUCAUGGACACGUUAUGCCUACCCCUCCCUCCUCACCCUGGCCAACUGGUACGCGGACCUGCUCCUGCGGAUCAGGGAACUGGAAGUCUGGUCAACAGAUUUUGUGCUGCCUGCAACAGUGUGGCUGGCGGGAUUCUUCAACCCCCAGUCCUUCCUCACAGCCAUCAUGCAGUCCACAGCCAGGAAAAAGCAGUGGCCACUGGACAAGAUGUGUCUGGCAGCGGAGGUGACCAAGAAAACCCGCGAGGAAAUAACAUUUCCCCCUAGAGAAGGCUCCUACGUGCACGGGCUGUUCAUGGAAGGCGCGCGCUGGGACGUGCCCACGGGCUCCAUCGCGGACGCGCGCAUGAAGGAGCUGACGCCCGAGAUGCCGGUGAUCCUGCUCAGGGCCAUCCCCGUGGACCGCAUGGACACCAUCAACGUCUACGAGUGCCCCGUCUACAAGACACGGACGCGAGGGCCCACCUACGUCUGGACCUUCAACCUGAAGACGAAAGAAAAAGCUGCCAAGUGGGUCCUGGCCGGUGUGGCUCUGCUCCUAGAGGCCUAG